AUGGGCUCCGUAGGAAGUCAAAAAUUGUCUGAGCUUGAGGUUUUCCUCAAUAAACACCCGCAUAUAACUUACGCUACGCCAUCCUCCCCAAACUAUGCCUCCUUAAGGGAGAUCUUCAGCUUGGAUUGCAAAAGCAAUCCUCCGAUCAUCGUUCGUCCCCAAAAAGCUGAAGACGUCGGCCUCCUCGUCCAGUACGCCAAAUCCCAAGGCAUAAAAUUCGCAGUCCGGACUGGUGGACACAGCCUUUUCGGGCUGUCUACAAUCGACGGCGCUAUGACUAUUGAUAUGCGCGAUAUUACAUACGUCCAUAUCGAGCAGGGAAAGAAAUUGGCGAAGGUAGGAGGUGGGACAUUACAGGGAGAUCUUGCAACAGCACUCCACAAAGAAGGCCUUGCGACUCCUACUGGUAGCGUUCCAUCUGUUGGUUAUGUAGGGUGGGCUGCCUAUGGGGGUUAUGGUCCGUUGUCUGCACAAUUCGGUCUCGGUGCUGAUCAGAUUGUUGCUGCGAAAAUCGUAGAUCCAAGUGGCAAGAUUGUCGAAGCUGACGACAAGUUACUGAGAGGUAUUCGAGGAGCAGGAGGAAUUUUUGGUAUAAUCGUGGAGAUCACAGUGAAGGUGUAUCCAUUGAACAAAAUCCUAGCCGGCAAUUUGAUCUUCGCAUCCCAGGAUAUCAGCGAGGCCUUCAAGAAGUUUAAUGGUGGAUACAGGGAGCUUUCAACUCAAGGCCUGCCGUCCCAACUCGUGAUACAGCAGAUGGUAGUCAAUUCUCCCUACGGACGAGCAUUCGGUCUUGCUUUCACAUGGGGUUCAGACGAUAUCGACACUGGACGAAUGUGGCUGUCAAAAAUCGAAGGUCUUGGUACGGUCGUUAUGAACACUGUUGCAGAAACAACAAUACCGGAAAUGUUGGCCGCCACUCAGGCCGUGAUUCCGUUGAAAGCCUACUGCUCGAGUCGUUCGUUGAAUGUACGGAAGAUCACCGAGGUGGCAGACGCUAUUGCAUCGUGUCUCGAGAAGAUGCCGUCAGAUUUGGCAGCCAUGUUUACCAUUCAUGAGUUACGUGGGCCUUCAGCAAAGCCUACCAAGGACUCCGUCUUUGGAACAAGAGAUCCACACUUCAUGUUGGAGAUUCUUGGCGGCGCAUUAAAGGAAGAGUCGAGGGAGGCCAGUGCAGCGUGGGCGCAGAGCACAUGGGAAACAAUCGGGAAAACAGAUCGAGGGGGCCAAAAUAUUCUCCCAGGAACUUAUAUCUCUGUCGAACCUCCAGGAGAAUCGCCUGGUCAGAUACCACUUUCCAAGAUAUAUGGAUCUCACGAAUCGGACGUCGUUGCGUUGAAAAGGGAAUAUGACAGUGAGAACGUAUUCGAUCUGGCGAUGCCGAGGUUGGUGGAUUAUAUCCGUAGUUGA